UGUGUGGUGGGAGUAAAGGAAGUGACGUGAAUUUCGCGAUGUAUUUAUGCCUCUAAAAGAUUAUUAUUAAAUCUGUGAUAUAUUAAGAUAAAUAUAGGGGUAACAUUGACACAGUUGAGCAGACAAGAUGGGUGACGCAGAACAGAAAGGAAUUAUGUUGAUGCAGGAGGCGGAGAAGAAACAGAAAGGGGCGAAAGGUUUCUUGGGAAAUUUGUUUGGUGGCUCAAGCAAGAUAGAAGAAGCAGCAGAACUGUAUGUGCGUGCAGCAAAUUCCUUCAAGAUGGCCAAGAAGUGGGCAGCUGCUGGUGAAUCAUUUUGCCGAGCAGGCCAACUACAGAUAGAACUCGGCAGCAAACAUGAAGCUGCCACACAUUAUGUAGAUGCAGGAAACUGUUACAGGAAAGGGGAUCCUAAUGAGGCAAUCAAAAGUUUACAUCAAGCAGUAACAAUCUACACAGAUAUGGGGAGGUUUACGAUUGCAGCCAAACACCACAUCACCAUUGCAGAGAUCUAUGAAACUGAACUAGUCGAUAUUGAACAAGCCAUCGCCAACUAUGAGCAGGCUGCUGACUACUACAAGGGAGAAGAGUCUAACAGUUCCGCCAAUAAAUGCCUAUUGAAGGUUGCACAGUUUUCAGCUCAAUUAGAAAAUUAUGAAAAAGCUGUGGAGAUUUAUGAACAGGUUGGCAUAUCGGCAAUGGACAACUCGUUGUUGAAGUACAGUGCCAAAGACCACUUCUUCCGUGCAGCGGUGUGUCACAUGUGUCUGGACCAGGUCAAUGCCCAGAUAUGUAUUCAGAAGUACGAGGACAUGUUUCCAGCCUUUUCUGAAUCGAGGGAGUGUAAACUCGUUAAGUCGCUGUUGAAGGCGUGCGAGGAGGAGAAUGUGGAUGCAUUUACCCAGUCUCUUCAGGAGUUCGACAGUAUUUCCCGCCUCGACCAAUGGCUGACCACCAUGCUCCUCCGGGUCAAGAAAUCAAUAUCAGCAGAACCUGAUCUGCUCUGAGUGAAGAAACAUGGCCGUGGUGGCACCCUGAUCAUGCAAUAUAGCCCAGCAUAGAGAACUAUUAUUGUUACAUAGGUUAGGCGUCAUCGUAGACCUAUAGCCAGUGUCUAGCACACAGCUUCACAUAAGGGUGUGCAGGGGGAUCAUCUGUUUGGGAUGUAGGGGGGUGUUACUUAAUGAUAUCAGGAUGAACUGCUGCAACGCAAGAUCCAUGUGAUAGCAUGUUUGCAACAUUUACUGAUUUAUAGUCUUCAGGAUUAGUUUGAUUUUCUGUAAAUGUUACUAAGUUUCUUCGGUGGCCCUGUCAUCUUUUAACUUUAAUGGUUGGGUGUAACUCAGAAUAGUGAGUUUGAUUCCCUACCAGUUGCAAUAUGAGACGCAAAUCCUUGGUGCUCGUACUGUAAGUAUGGCUUCUAUUUUGCUCACAGCAUUAAACUUACAUUCUCACUUUAAUUUAAUCAAAUCUGUUCAAUUAUGAGGUCCCAUGUGCACCCUUGUUUGUCUUGAACAUUUUUGUCCUCUUGGAUGAAACCUAAGAUUGUCUCAACACGAGACUUUGUUGUCACGAACAGAAACAUUUCCAAGGAGGGUCUUGUCAGAUGGUUAUUGCUGAUCAGGUUAUUGUGUUUAUUUGUAUGAUUCUGUGAAACUUUGUAUAUAAUCUACAUUUCCAUAUUGCUGUAUAAUUUAUUGAUCAGGACAUUCAUUGCUGCCUGUCACAGGUGACUGUUUUGUGUGUAGAUAGAUUAGUAGCGUUGAGAUUGUAGACUACAGUAAACAAGUACACACUUUGCCAUAGUGUGAGUCAAAACUUUUUAUAUUGCCAAGUCACGUCUUUUCUUGAAUUUGUUGUCUUGCUCGGCACAAAAAAUGAAACACUGCUGAUAUGGCAAAACAAACGUGACAGUGAUUAAUUGGCAUGUUAAGUAGAAAUCUUUGACUCAGCUUUUGUUUUUACAUGGUAAGGCCGUACUAAAUCAUAUUCUUGUUGUACAGUACUGGCUCAUCUAAAUUUUUAGAAAAAAUAAUAUAGGAGUGAAAAUGGGUUUUUAAGGAUCUUUUUGUUCAUAUUUUUGUGAAACAUACUUUAGGAAGUAUAAACAUGCAAUGAACUAGACAACAUGUUUUUCUCCUCUCUCAUGGCAUAUCGACCAUGUAAAUAUGUAAAACUAGAAAGGUAUUUUGGGUUGGCCAAAUUGUUUCUUUACAUAUCGCAUGUACAUGUUGUGAAAUGUUUCUGUUGUACCAUGCAGUGGCUCAACUCUCCUACACACUGGAUCUUUGAGACAUUGUGUAUGAGCUAUAUCACUGUGUUAGCCCUUGUUACUCUAGGUACAGAUGGCGGAUUAGCUCGGUUGCAAGUGGGUCAUAUGUAUAGAAACAGUACUGAAAUCUUGCUGAUAAUAGUCUUUGGCCAUUUUCCUUGUUCUGCAUGGAUUCAACUGUUACAUGAAACUGUUGAUUAAAUGGUAAUGUGUCAAUAUUUCCUGAGGUGGAACGACUCCAAGAUGCACUGAUACAUGACUCAUGAUAUGAUGCAAAGUUUUGUGCAUGGUGAGAUGGUAAUAAAUUCUUAAACUGUUUCCAGCUCAUUUUCACAUUGUCCGUUAUUUCCUUUCCAUGUUACCUGUUGUUAGUUCUAGCUAUUGUUCAGUCUUGACUGGCAACCAACUAUUCGGUAUUCCAAAAGGUAUGUUUGCUGUUAAUGUCAGUCAUUAUCAUGAGUAUGUAUCACUGUGGUAUUGUGUCCUCAGUCAGAUAUAGUACCCAGUUUCCCUGUAUUGCUGCAGCCUACUGUUCCAGUAUGAAUGCUGUGGAGAGUGGUGCCCAUGGAAACGAAGGUUUUAAUUGACUACGUUUGUGAUAUUUGAUGAUCAUUGUGAUUCGUCUGUAAUUGUUAUUGAGAUACCGUUCUUUACUCUCCCAUUCCUGACAUUGUGAAAUAUUAUAAUGGAUGGUUUACCUAAUCAUGUCCAGUCGAUCAUUUUGCAUUUUGAUAUUGAUGUAGACUUGCAGAUAAUUCUCCAUCUAGUUAAUUCCUCAACGUAAAGAAUAAACACUUAAAUCUU